AUGACUGAUCACUAUCUACUCCUUGUGCUCUGCCUCGCAGCCGUGUGCUCCUCCCUCCAGCAGGGCCAGGGCCAGCAGCGACAAGGAGAAAACAAAAACGUGCCAGGGUUUUCAAAUCAACAACCGCCGCCUUCAUGCAAUAACAAGGUUUGCAUCAACGCUCAUUGCUUCAUGGAAGACAACAGGCCCAUGUGUCGCUGUUGGAACAGCUCCUACGUUCCUGCUGGCCCCGACGGCUGCAUCCCCGCCAAACAAGUCGGAGCUUCGAACCAACUUGUCCAAGACAAGAACGACCAGAUGCAGGGGGCGAUGGGCGCCAUGGAGAGGGCCAAGGCCUGCACAGGGUCUACGGUGCCAUGCCCGCCAUUGCCUGAGAUCCCAAGCGACAUGCACGGGAAGUGCGUCAAGACGUUACGCGACUGCGCCAACGGAAACCAGACGGUUCUCAACAAGAUGGCGGAGAAGAGCAACAGCUGCGGUGCGGGCAGCAUGUGGUGCCCGCUGGAAGCCAUGUGCAGCAAGGGGAUCCCAUGUGCCCCUCCCAACCCUCCGUGCAACGCAACCUCUGUGCGCUGUCCGGACUGGAGCUGUGCGGCUGAUGCCGCGAGCUGCCCGAGCAGCGGCAACGGCUCUGUGACCUGCCCCGACGGCAUGACGACGGCCAGCUCCUUCAGAGCGUGCGCGGAGAAAGGGAUCUUCUGGCAGGGAUGCCCCCCGGGAUCGAAGCCUUGCUCGGCCAACCCCAACAUCUGCGUCAAGCAUCAAGAUGAGUGCGAGGCGCUCACCGGGUGUCCCGAGACGAUGAAGAGCUGCGGUCCUCAGCGCAACGCUCAGGGGGUCGCCCUGUACAACAGCUCGACCAACAGGCCCAUCAUGACCUGCGCGUCGCAGUGUCAGUCCCGGCCGCCUCAGCCUGCUCCUACCACCGCUGCUCUACGACCCGGACAGGGGUCGGAGGCGAUGGAGGUGAAGGCGGCGGACGGAGCGCCUGCGUUCGCGAUGAAGGCGCUACACUCCAACGCCUUCCGUCGCAUGGACAACCUGUCAGAAGCUGUCAACUUCACCAUCGCUCCUGUCUCCGCGUCGGCGCUGCAGGAGGGCCCUUUCGCGCUGCUCUACUCGUCCGGAAACAUCGUCAGCAGCGUCAUCACCAUCGAGCCCUCAGCGGCGCUUGUCAUCGACGGGGGCUUGACGAUCGACAUCCCCAUUGACGGGAGCAAGGAGAUGUGCAGCCAGAUCUUGCAGAACGUGCAGAUGGUGGUUGUGUCGGACCUGCUCAACUUCAACGCGACUCCGGAGGGCCUUGGGAACUGCUCGAUGGGAUCGGUAGGGAACUGCUCGUGCGCAGCGACGAUCUAUCACUUCAGCACCUACGCUGUUGCCAAUGCCUACUACACGUCCCCGACGACGGACUCGGGCACGACCAACACCAACUCACCGGGGAGCGAUACGACAACGACGACGACGACGACGACGACGACGACGACGACGAGCACUGAGGACAGCGGAUCGCUGAAGAAUGGCUCGCCUGCAACGACGAGCUUCAAGGUGAAGCGCAAGACUGGUGGCGAGGCAGAGCUGACGAAUGUGCAGGGGAUGAUGUUGCUGAGUGUUAUGAUGAGCUUGGGGGCGAUGCGUGUAUAUAAGUAA